UUUUCAGUGAUAUUUUUUACAAUGAUGUAUGUUUAUUUUUCAGUGAUAUUUUUGAAGAAGGAGAAAAGGUUUUUCUUCCACGUCUUCUACUAAGUCAGUUCCGAUGGCUGGAUCGUAUCAUCUGCAGCAAGGAUCUCACUGUGAAACUGCUAGAGAUUAUUGAAGUGACAUCGUUUGACGUUCAGAGAGAAAUCAUCUCUUGUUUACCAGAGAUUGUAGAAGAUUCUGAACACAGUGAUGUAGCUAAGACACUGAGGGAUUUAUUUGUUGGUUUCUCUUCAUCAUGUGUUUAUAAUAUACAAAUUGUACGAUGUGACUGACAUCAUUUGACGUUCAGAGAGAAAUGAUCUGUUGCUUACCAGAGAUGCUAGAAGAUUCACAACACAACGAUGGACAUCUUACGUCAAGCAAACCAGCUGACUGUUCCAAUUCUCGAUGCUCUGUCUAACUUGGCACUCAAACCAGAUUUACUGACUGAGGUUCGCGGCUCGGUGAUGCAGACUCUGGAUUCCGUGAAGAUGAAAGAUCUACCAGUGGUUGUCAAGUUUCUCUUACAAAAAGCCACAGCCCAGGAUGCUCAAGAGGUGAUUGAUUCGUUGAAGUCCCCUGCUGAUCACAAGGUGAUAGAUAUUUUUGUUCUGCUCAUCUUACAUUCUACAAAUCGACGGAAACCAGUUGAGAGUCUUUUCCGGAACAAGAUUCGAACCAGCGCAUUCACUGAAGUCCUCUUACAUGAUGCAUUUGGGUCCCAUGGGCAGUGCUAAGUGUAUCCCUUACUGGGGAGGAGAUCUGUAGGGCUCUGGGCUCCGUCGUAAGACACCUGAUAGCGGCCGUACCCAAGGGGAGGAACACUUGGGAAAUUCACCUGGACUCCCAAGAAUUGAGAGACAAGCUAGAGCUGACCGGUCUCGCAGUCAGAGGACGCGAGUUUGAGAUCCUGUCCCGUUUCCCUGGGGGCACGUGGGUUAGACUGAGGGGUCUGCCUCUCACCGUAGAGAACAGCUACAUAAACGAGCUGCUGAAGAAAUACGGCACUAUUGUCGUAGGAGCAAGUUACUCUACGUGGCGUAACACCCACGUAAAGACGGGGGAAAGGACCCUAAAAGUUGACAUUUUAAGGGACAUACCCACCAGACUACAAACGUGUGACCACGAAUGGUUUACUGUCAAAUACAGAAACCAACCAGAGCUGUGUUUCAGCUGUGGCAAGCCUGGCCACCAUCGAUGGGAUUGCCCCAAUAGACAGUUUGAGUUUAAGGGUAUCGAUCAGGACGGGCAGGAGGGACAGGCCCAAGAGGACAGCACCCCCCUCCCACUCGCCCCAAACCAGGAGGAGAACUUGGUGAUCGACACGUCGGAAACACCAGCGACGGCCCCAUCAGAGGAGGAAGAAGAAGGAGAAAGAGAAAGUGAAGGAGAGGAAAGCAGGAGAGAAAGAAAGAGGAAAGAAAAGAAAGAAAAGAAGGAGAAAAAGAGGGAUUUGUCAUCCUCUGCGGAGGACGUGACACCGGAGAAAGCGUGCCACACGCUCCCUCCCCCAGCCCCUUCCAGGAGCAAGGGCCAGAAGUCCGCGAAGACCUAGGUCUAGCGGUCUCCACCCCACCCCCUCUUUCCUUACCGACUCGGGACUGCCCACGGACUGCGAUUCACGAACACCCCCCUAAACCUAGCUAACGUUGACGACAUGGACAUGCCCCCGGACCACCCCUUUUGUGUCUUCGCAAUGCGACCAGAGAUAAUAAUAAGUGCAUUCAGUUUGUGUGUUUUCAGUGUUUUCAGUGUUCCUUCUUGUGUUUCUGUGAUGUUUCGUGUUCUGUGUUGUCUGUGUGUGUGUUUUUUCAUCGUUGGAGUCAUACUGUGUUCCACUGUGCAGUCGUGUGUAAAUGUGUUGUUUCUAUGUGUGACCAACCCAAACGUGCGCGAACCUAUGUUGU